UGCCCCCAUUCAAUUCACCCAGUGCCACAGUGCCAAUCUCUAUUGUGCCAGCCACUAUUCCUCUGUGUGCCAUAGGCAGUCAAGGCCUGCUAAUUGAAGGCAGUCAAGGCCCCUCGGCCCAGCGGUGGCAAGAGGGGCCAGGCCAAGUUAUUAAGUAUAUCGCUAGGGUUCAACAGUUAGAAGAACCAGUGAUAAAUUAUUGAUACUUCAUAAUCGGUAUUGGCAACUGUCCACCAAAGCAGGUUCAAUUAGCGUGUGUACUUAUGCACGAAAAUGUGUACGUGGCACGCGAGCGAAUGAGAGUUGAUGUGUGCAUGGCAAGCCACCAGAAACCCAUUUAUGUGAGCGUGGCACGCCAGAGCAUGCACAGAACAGUGUAGACUUGGCACGAUAAGAGUUAAUGGCAUAUGAUCAUUCUGGGGUUUUUUCCUCCGAUUUCCAGACCGACUGUUACACGAUGAGCCCCCCUAAAGGAACAGGAUCUUCGAACAUAGCCCUACCAGCAGACCCGACUGUGCCACGAAAUGGAGAAGAUAAUGUACACGGAUCGGAGGCAUUGGCACGUAUUUUGAACGACGUCAAGCAGAGAGGAAUCAAAGUGCUCCGGGUGGAAUUCACCGAUGUUAAUGGCAUUACGCGUUGUAAGAUGGUAGCAAUUCACAGUCUGGAGGAAUUGACUUCGAACCUGACAAGGGGCUUCCUCUUCUGUCCGACAUACUUCAUGAAAGAUCCAGCGGGAAAAAGUUUCGAGUCGGAUUUCAAGAGAAAAUAUUGGUACACCGAUUUCAACGCCCUGCCAGCUCUGGACACCUUUAGGGUGAUUCCUUGGCUUGAGGAUACAGCAACGGUCACAACAACACUCUAUCAUCUCAAUAUGACAGACCUUGUGGUAGAGCAGCCGAGAAACGUGGCGGAGCAACAACUUCGACGUUUGGAAAGUCUGGGGUUUUCGCUGUUUAGCGCUUACGAAUUAGAAUUUCAUUUAGGCGACGCGAAAGGUCGAGAGCUGGUCGCGGACGGGAUAGGAUACUCGUGCAGUACCGUCCUACUUAUAACAGUCAAGGACUAUAUCAAGCAGUUGUUUGACUGUUUGCCACAGGUCGGAGUGCUCGUGAAUACUAUUCACUCUGAGGCCCCUGCGGGAUCCCUGGAAGUUACCACAGAGCCUGCGUUUGGAAUAAAGGCUGCUGAUGACGCAGUCAUGCUUAGGAAUGCAUGCAAAGAGAUCGCUAUUUGCAAUGGGUAUACUGCACAAUUUCUAGCCAGCCCCAAGUGGGAUGGGGAUGGAUAUACUCUCCAUUUUAACAAUUCCCUUUGGGACAAGACUGGUAACGUGAUGUCCAACAAGACAACCGGUGACCUGACCGAUACGGCAAAACAUUGGAUUGCUGGUCUGCUCGCCCAUGCCCGAGCGCUGACACCCCUUAUGGCUCCCACCGUCAACGGAAUCAAGAUGUUUGGUGCUUACCAACCGCCUCAUUCGACAGAACCGUCGUUCAUUACUUGGGGCAGACAUAACCGCUCGGUUACAUUCCGCGUCAAGAAUAGCGGCGGGCCAACAGGAUCAUACCUAGAGAACCGGCUCGGAAGAAGCGAUGCAGAUCCAUAUCUUUUGCUAGCAGGUACCAUAGCUGCAGGGCUGGACGGCAUCAUCAACAAACUGACUCUACCUCCGGAAUGCACAGGGGACGCUCACAAGGACAUUCCACCCAAGACGCCAAAAAUUCCAUGUGAUAUGGAAGAAGGAGUCACUGCUUUGGUGGAAGAUAAGGUCCUCUGUGAAGCUCUCGGCAAGGACUUCGUUGAUCUCAUUGUUGCUGCGAGGAGACAUGAAAUCGAACUUUACAACACAAAGAAGACAGAUAUUUGAGACAUUUUUUGGUUUUAUUACAUCAGCCCCUUUUUUAAAUCAAAGGAGCAUUUUGGCGUUGAUACGUCUUCUCGGUGUACGGUGGGGUAGACAAAUCAUAGAAAUAUCGAAUUCGAUCAAUUCAAUCCAAUUCAAUUCAAUACAGUACAGAUCAAUACAAUACUAUACAAAUCAACAAAUGCAAGAAUAUAGAGACAGAAAUAGAUGGGCAGAGAAGGCCUGGAAAAAACAAAAUAUAUACAAUAAUCUUAGAACAUGACAGUCCAGAAAGAGGCACCAUGGACACAUGAUGUACUGUUUUGCCUCAAAGUGGCUAAACACGUAGAAAUAACAUACCUAGCUUAUUUCACUUUUCCAAAUGUGGAAGAAAAUUAAUAUUCUUAUUGCAAAACGAAAACGGAGAUGUGUACUCCAGCUAGAAAUUUCAAUCAAAAGGAUCAUUUAGGGGAGAAUUUUGAAAUGAGUUACAAUGAUAAAUUAUUAUUGUAUUGUGUUUUUUAAACAUAUUUUGUUAUUUGAAAUGAAUAUUGUAUGUUUAUCUUUUUAUGUCUUUUUGUCCUGUCCAUGCAAACAUUAAGAGACGCUUAGUAAUUAUAACCUAGUGAGCGUGGAAAAUGACUACCAUCUCCUUAAUGACAUGUCAAGGAUUUUCAAUUAAUUAAGUUCAAUUCAAUUCACCAUGUUCACCGCCAGGCGAAUCAUUUGUCACAAACAUCGUGCAUAUAUCCAUAUUUAAGUAUUGAAAAGAAAACAUGUGGCGAAACGGAGUUGCAAAGGAUAAAUAUCAAGCAACCGUAAUAAAGGUCCGCUGAAUUCCUGCA